AUGCCGUCACAUGUCCCUGCAGCCGACGAGGGCGCCUGCCAGCAUGGAGGCGCUGGAAACUUGGGCAUCAACACGUGGGUUCGUCGUAUAUUGACGCGCCUCGCGCUCAAGACGACGGCGCAUUUCUACCGGUGGAAUGGCCAGGGCGUGCCCAUCUCUCGGAAUCUCGUCGUCAAGCGAGGCUCAACAGUUCAUCUUACCGAAGCAGCGACAAUGGAAUUCGUCGCCGCCAAAACCUCGCUUCCAGUACCACGGGUCCAUUGUGCGUUUGUACGCAGGGGCAUGACAUACAUUGUUAUGGAACGGAUCAAGGGGGAUGUUAUUGGUAAAAGCAUCAUGUCUCUCCCCGAAGAGGCGCUUGAAGCUCCUGGGACAACUACGAACUAUGCUGGAUGA